AUGGUUGAUGGAAAGACUUUAAUUGACUUCAUUUUUCACAAAGCAGAAAUGGAAAAGAUCGCCAGCGCAGAGAAGUACACAGCUGUUGAGAUCGGUAGCUUCAGUGGCCUUGAAAAGUAUGAGCACAGUAAGGCAUUCUUACAAAAUGCUCUUGGUCUCACAUCAAUGGAGAUUUCAUUUACAAAGUACAAACCAGGUGAGGCAAUUCCAUUCUUCCACGAUCAUAAGAAGCAUGAAGAAGUUUACAUUGUCAUCACAGGCACAGGUGAGAUGCAGCUUGAUGAUAAGAUCAUCCCAAUGAAGGAAGGAACAUCAAUCAGAGUUGCUCCAGGUGUCUCCAGAAACUUGAAGAACACAGGCAAUACAGACAUGAUUGUCAUGUGCGCCCAAGCUGAAGUUGACUCUCUUAAGUCUCCAACAUCUGGUGACUACCUUAUCACUAAGACAGAACUCAAGUUCACAAAGUAA